CAGCAGAGCUGUGCUGGCGGUGCAGCACUCUGGACCUUCACACCACAGGGAUGCACAACCACCUGUAGACACACAGGAUGUUUAACUGGGUGGUGAAAGUGGUUCCUCAGCCUCCUGAAGUUCCCAGGAACCUGACAGAUGAAGCUCCUAAGACCUCUGCUGCUGAACCCUCCAAAAAUAAAGACGGAGCCAGUGUGAAGAGGCCUCUGAAGAACACAGACGAGGCUUCUGAGGUCAGUCAGAACCAGACAGCAGUCCUAGGCUGGCUGUCGAAUGGGUUUGUCAGUGCCCUGCCGCAGCCUAACUCACCUGGACUCAACAGGGCCAAUGUCAAGCCCCGGUCAGGAGAGGAUGCAGAGAGGUCUGGAGUGAUUGGAUGGGUCACUCAGGGUCUGACCAAAGUGCUGCCUCAGCCUGAUGAGAAGUACAAAGAGACUGAAAGCAAACCCAAGGAGGAGACCACCGAGGUCUAUGAAGUAACAGCAAUGCCAGCUGAUGUGAGAACAAACAUGAAUGAUACCAGGAGUCUAAAAGAUACAAGCUGCUCAUUGUCAAUCUGUACCCAACAAUGUGCUGCUGAAAGGGUCAAAGAUUGUGACGCUCUCUCUAACAUCCCUGUGGUAGAAAUGCAAUCUGAGGAUGAGGUGUCACAGAUUGAGAAUCCAGGACAGUUUUCUCCCAACGUGGUCAGCUGGUUAAAGCAGAUUAUUCCUCAGUCCAUUUUACUGCCCCCUGGUGCCGUACCUGUGGAAACAUCACCCAAGUUGUCCUGUAAAUCUGUGGACAAAACUCUGUCAUCACCGCCCGAAUCCCUCAGCGGAAUCUCACUGGACACUGAUGGCAGGUCCACAGGUGUUGUCGGCUGGUUUGUCUCAGGUCUGGGUCUGAAGAUGCCUCAACCCAUCACAUCUCCCAAAGAUAAUGCCGAGUCUCAAGGUCCCUCUGACGCUCUUCAGAAAGCUACAUCCAAGCUCCAACCUGAAAUGACCCUGGACGACAUGGAUACAGGCCGUGAGGGGCAGCAGAAACAAGAGAACCAGUCCAAAGCAUCGGCGAUCACAUUACUGGCUGAAGUACACGAGCAGCAAGUGUCACAGCAGACGGCGUCCAUACUGUCCCAACAGUGCAGCGGCGGUAACUACAAAGGUGCAGAGAACACGACAAAAGUCUGUCAGGAAGAUGCUGAGACGCAGACAGGACGCUGGACGCCUUUUAUUGAAAGUAUCAAGAAGGAGGCUGAAGGUGUGGCUUUGGCUACCAUGGAAGAACGUUUGCUGCAAGAGCGCGUGGAGAUGGCACGUGUGGCCGAGGAAGUAGCCAGACAGACAGCCGAGAUGGCCAUCAGACAGAUGACAAGGGAUGCACAGUCAAUCAAACUCUCACUGGGGAGUCAAGACCUGCAGCUGGAACAUGAAACUGAGCAGGAAGAGACAGUUGCUGAAGAGGAGAGAGAGGAGACUGAGGAAUCCACUGUCAAAGGACCAGAGCCAGAGGAGGAAGCAGAGCCACGGACUUGCACGACUCCACCGACAUGUUCUGAAUCUGUAAAGAGUUCCAAGGUGCAACCUCAACCACAACAAGAGACAGACAACCAGGAAUCAGGACCAAACACUGAGCCUGUAACCCAGCAGCCACAGAAAUCAGAGGACAGUCAAUGUACCAACGCUGACAAAGCUGGAGAAAAAGAGGAGGAGCCUGCUGGGGAGGGCUGUGAUGCUCGAGUCAGCUGUGACGCAUUUAAGACCUGCCUGAUGCGCAUUCCUCACACCUCUGAGUGCCUCAGCAACAUCAGCGCAUUCUUCAAAGAGAACGGCAUCUCUGCUCCCAAAAUACCGUCCAUGCCUAAGCUACCUACCCAGCUCUCUGAUAUUACCAAGUACCUCCCUUCCCUCCCUCCAGAAUUGCGCCAAGAGCUGUCCCAAAUCCGACUCACACAAGUACCCAGAAAUAUUGUUCAGACUGUGACUGAAUUUCUGCCCAAGAGUUCUGAAGGUUCAAGUGACCUCAGUCUGCCCAGUCUCUCACAGAAUUUUUCAAGCAUCCAACAGAAAUUUUCCAAAAUUCCUAGCCAAACUCAACAAUACCUCAACAACAUCAGGAACCGCCUUAACAGCCUUAUGCCUCAAGAUGUCUAAAAAACAGCAACAGAAAAAACAGAACAAAAAGAAGACUCAACAAACCUUAGAACUCAACCACAUUGCUCGACACUCCCCUCUUCCUCCCCCACUUUAUCCUCAGGUUAUGUCCCGCUCCCCAUCUCCAUCUUCACCCAAUGGCAGC